GGAGACGAGCAGGAGCCUGUGAGGGGACUCCCCGCGGCUGGCGGCUGCCAGGUAAAAGCGCACUUACUGAAUUUUAAUGUCUUGCGGGCUAAGCAAUGGAAGGGCCAAGGGGGCACCAUUUGGGGGCUGUGUUUAGGGCAUCGGCUUGCCUUAAUCCGGCCCUGGAAGAGGAGAAUAGCGGGUUUUGUCCUCUCGCUUCAUCCCCGUGAGAGAUUUUUUUAAUUGAUCUCACAAAGGCUUGAACGGGUUCGGGUACCACCCAUUGCUCCGGUGCAUGUUUUCUCCGAGAAUAUCUUCAGUAAGAUGGCUUUGUUGACCCGACAGAUAUCCAGAUGCUGUCCCUUGUUAAAGACAUGCAGUAUUGUGAACAAUACAGAACAACUGAGAAAAAGAUCCAUCAAAUUGUGGACACUGUCUCUUGAACAAUUGAGUUUGCCGUCGCUUAGUCUUCAUGUCCGUCAAUCAGUGUUAAACAGCUCUAGGAGUUUAUUUUUUUAUAACCAUAUACGGUACUGCAGUUCAAGUACUGAACCGAAUCAGAGUCCAGAAAAUAAUUCACUUUCUUUAGUUAAUAAAAUAGAAGUAAGAUCUAGUUCAGAUGCCGAAGAAUUAUAUGAAGGUUUAGAAGAUGCACUUCCUCCAUCUGCCUUGGAGGAGAUUUCAGAAGACGAAGCUCUUCAGAUCCUAGCUAAGCCACCCCUUCCUGCUGAAUCUUUCACACUUCAAGAUUAUGUUGAUCAUUCAGAAACACUGCAGAAGUUGGUGCUUCUAGGAGUCGAUUUGUCUAAAGUGGAAAAACGUUCAAAGGCAGCCCAGCUUCUUCUAAGGUUGGACUUUGAAAAAGAUAUAAGAAAAAUCCUUCUGUUUCUUAAGGAUGUUGGUGUGGAAGAUAAGCAGCUUGGGGCAUUUCUCACUAAGAAUCCUUAUAUUCUCAUAGAAGAUCUGGAGAAUUUAGAAACAAGGAUAGCUUAUCUAAUAUCAAAGAAAUUCAGCAAAGAAGCAAUUGCACGAAUGGUCUUAGGAGCUCCAUAUUUACUCCUCUUUUCUGUGGAAAGACUGGAUAAUAGGCUGGGCUUCUUCCAAAAAGAAGUUGGCUUAAAUCCACAAAAGACCAGAGAUCUAGUGACUCGUCUUCCAAGGUUACUAACUGGCACUCUUGAAUUGAUAAAAGAGAAUUUGAAGGUGUACGAGCUUGAACUUGGAUUUAGUCGGAAUGAAAUUCGGCACAUUGUACACAGAAUCCCAAAGAAUUUAAGUAUAAGCAAAAGGAAACUAACACAGACUUUUGAUUACUUGCACAAUGUAAUGGGCAUUCCCCACCAGCUCAUGGUUCAUUUUCCUCAGGUUUUUAAUUCAAAGCUGUUACGAAUCAAAGAAAGGCACAUGUUUCUUAAAUUCCUGGGGAGAGCACAAUAUGAUCCAGAGCAGCCAGGCUAUAUUUCCUUGGAGAAACUGGCAUCUUUGCCCGACGAUGUGUUUUGCACAGAAGUUGCUAAAGCAGAAGUUCAGGACUUCCAAACUUUUUUGAAAACCCUGUGAAGUAACAUUAAAAAAAAAAAAGACGUCUUUGUAAAAUAAAUCUGUUGUUCUUCUUAUUUCAAGCG